GGAACCACUGGCUCAGUGGACUCAUUAGGUUUUCCAGUUUAAUUUGAAACUCCAGGUAAGUAUCGCAGAUAGCGUACCAUGAAGCUGGUUACUGUGCUCCUGCUGGGGACCAUCAGCAUUUGCAGUUACUCUGCUACCGCCUUCCUCAUCAACAGUUUGCCACUUCCUGUUGACAAGGCUUUACCUUUACCCCUGGACAACGUUCUCCCCCUCAUGGACCCACUUAAGCUUCUUCUGAAAACUCUGGGCAUUUCUGUUGAACACCUUGUGGAAGGGCUAAGGAAGUGUGUGAAUGAGCUGGGACCAGAGGCCUCUGAGGCCGUGAAGAAACUGCUGGAGGCACUCUCACAUUUGGUGUGACGGCAGAAAAAAGCAAGAGUGGAGGAGGGAGGGGAUGAUGCUCUCUUCCUCCUCCCCGGCUGAAACUCCCUCCAUCCUAAAAAGUAGCAACCCUCGAAGAAAGUGAAUAAAGCAAUGA